AUGCAAUAUAUAUCGGAUAUGCUAAGCAUGGACAUGUUAAAAGGACGUGAUAUAUAUGAUAUGCCUAUGGAGUCACCUGUGAGCCCGGUCACAUUACGGCUAUCUGCUACUAUAUUAAUAGACUACUCUACUUCUCCAGCAUCCUCGGGGAUGCCUGAUAUGCCGGGAAUGGACUCUUUAAACCCCCGUGGCUCUAUAAGAGGUAAAUUUAAGCUUAAUCAGUCUCCUAGGAAUUACUACCUUAAAUUCACUACUUUCCCUAGCGGCAACAUACAGCAGGUCCUUAAAGGGCAGGCGAUUGUAUUAUAUAAUAUAACUAAGGCAGACGCUGCCCUACUAGACCCCUCGGCACUCUCUCCAUUCGAUGGCCACAAUUCGCCACCUUCGGGGCGGCCUGAUAAGGCUUUGUCUUUUGUCGUGAGCCAGACAGACAUUGUGACCUGGGUAAUCGAUCAUGCUCCGUUCUCGGAGCCAGAUGUCCCUAUUAUCUAUGGGGAAAACUCCUCUGGCUGGAAUUUAAACACGACUAUGCACUUACCUAUUAACUUAACUAUUGAUAUUAUUAUAAGCAUUUCAAACCAGUCUAUAGAUAUGAUGGGCCAUCUGAUAUACCUCUAUGGCCAUAAGUUCUGGGUUCUAGGUUCUGGUGAGGGAUCUUUUCCGUAUGCAGCUGUCAUAGACGCGCCAGCGGACCUUAUUAACCUUCGGGAUCCCCCUUACCGUAAUAUGAUGGGCCUCCCUUUGCAAGGGUGGGCUGCAAUCUGUUAUAUUACGGAUAAUCCUGGUGCUUAG